AUGAAGCAAGACAUUGGUCAUACUUGUUAUGACCUGCCAAGGAAGAAGAGGGAGAAGAAGGUCAAGCCCCAAGCCAACGCCACUGCAACUUCAACCACACCUGGUAACAUCACAUCAUCUCCUUCAUCGUCCUCUUCCAAGACUAUAUCAGUAUCCAACUCCAACUCCAAGCAACAUGGAAACAACAACAACAACAACAAUAACAACAAUAUGAGCAAUGCCAACUUGGUUGUGCACAAUGGAAUCAAUGUCAACAAUUUGGCAGACUCUGGCGAUGGUCUAUUAUCGAUCAAGACAUAUGGCCUGAGCACGCCAACAUCAAGUCCAAACAUCGAUGGACUAUCAAUCAGCAACAAUGGCGGUGGCGGUGGAGGCAACAAUGGAUACACAUUCUUCCAGCCCAAGAUGUUCUGCUCGCCAACACUCAGCCAUCAGAACUCAUUCCUCAUGAGCACGUCACCGCACUCUGACUGCCUGACUCCGCCCACCCAUGGCCUCAAUAUAUACGCCCACCAUCAGAUGGGUCCACCACUGGACGAGGCAUCCCUGGUGUCAGUGCCCUCGCCAACAAUGUCCAAGCCCCACCCAUACCUAUACUCGCCUCAACAACAUCCAAAUCAACAUCAACUGCUACUGUUGCCACCUGGCGUGGCCAAUGUUGUCGGGCACCCCAACAUCAAUCGCAGAAUAUCCGUCGAAUACAAUACCCCUCCAUAUCAACACAUGGGCAUGGUCCCCAACAACCAGGACCCUGCCAACUCGCCUCCACUCACACGCAAGGACAUUCCAUCGAACUGCACCUCGCCACAUAUGUUCUACGCGAAUGGUGCCAACCAGCAAAUGCUGUACCAUCCUCAGCAGCAACAGCAGCAACAAUUACAACUUAGCCCGCAUCAGGCUGCCAACCAAUCGGUGCCCAACCCCAUGUCGAGCCCGAAGCAACUGUCCAACCUCAAUCCACUCAAGCGCAGCAUGACUGGAUUCUCCCACAACCUCAUCAAUCUGAAGCGCAAGAACAUGUCCAACAGCGAGCCCAACGUCCUGUCCAAGACCGGCGCCUACGUGCCACCCACCUCGCCAGGCGUGCCCGGCGGCGGCAGCUCCACCACCACCACUCCGGGCAGCACAAGUGUGUUCAACAGCGCUGACGGCCUACCAAUGCUGCAGCCACAGCACCAACAGCAACAGCAACAGCAGCAACAACAUAUAUUUAGUCGACACCAUUCUGAGCCGUAUGACAUGUCGCCAUCGUCAUCAUUGUCCAACAAUACGAUACAGUCUCCCAAGCUGAGCCAACCAGGCUUCAGGACCUAUGAGGACUAUCAUAUCGUGCCAGUGCUGUCCUCCAGUCUGGCGCCAUCCGACCCCAACUUCCUGUACUCGAGAUACAUGAACAAGGGCAGCUUCGAGCCCGUCCUGUUCAGCAGUGGCAGCAGCACUAGCAACAGUCCACAGUAUGUGUUUGAUCCGCAUCAUCUAUACUAUCCUUGCACGCCACCUCCUGGCGUCCACAACGCCAGCGCUGCGCCAAUCGUAAACGAUAACUUCCAACUGCAGCAGUUGCAGCAGGCCAAAGUGAUUGGGCAGCAGGGCGGUGGCGGCAACACCAGUGGGCAGGGUAUCAAUUGCACUCAGCCGGGACAGGGUGGUGGUGCCACAACUCCCCAACAACCUCAGGCACAGUCUGGUUUGAGCCAGAGCCAGAACCAGGGUCAGGUCCAAGGUCAGGGCCAGAGCCUGCCACAGUUCUUCUCUGGCGUCGCCAAUAAUAGUGCACCACAAUCACAGUCCCAAUCACAGUCGCAGCAACAGCCACAGCAACAGCAGACGCCAACGGGACCAUUGAGUGGGGGAACUGAAGUGUACAACUAUGGAUGA